AUGUCAAGCAUCUCGAUACAACGGGCCGGCCCCGUGCUUCGGCAAUGCUUUCAGCAGCAUGCCUCCGUAGCUAGCUUCUCCCGCAGGACCAUCCGAGGCCUCAAAACGCUCGAACAAAACAAGAACAUCUACAUCCACCCCUCCACUACCACUCCCCAAACCUACACACUAACCUACCUCCCCACCACCCCUCCCUCCCAAAAGCUAGCAAUAGGCACAACCACAACCAUCCCCCCAACCCCAUCAACCUUCACCGAAAACCCCCAUUUCCGAACCCUCCUAAUGUCAACCCUCUCCACUCACGCAGCCAACGAUCAAGACCUCAUCAACGAAGCCUACGGAACAUGGGGUGCAACAAUGGGCGUAAAGGCCUCCGUCUCCAAGGGAAUGAAAAGAGAUAGGAAGUUACAUACCGAAUCUACCGGUACACCUUCUACCAGUGCCACUUCUGAAAAAACGGAUCAAGUAGAUACUACUUCCAUUGGGGGGUUUCAUCAUGUGGUGGAUAGGAGGACGCCGUAUUAUGGUGGUAUGAGGAUUCCGGAGAGUCAAGAUAUUUUGGGGAGUUUGCAGGUUGAUGGGAAUGGGAGGUUGGUAGGUGGGUUUGUGGAGUGUGAGAGUUAUAGGUUGGUUACUUCGGAUGGGAUAUUGGGAUUGACGGAAUACUUGGAGGGGAAGGUUAAGGAGAGGAUCGAAGAGGAAGAGAAGAAAGAGAAGAAGAUAUAA